AUGGCCACUAUCAAAAAAACAUUGCCAAGACCCAAGCAUCAAAAAUGCGAAAUUUGCCAGAAGAAUUUCUCCUUGUAUUCAUCCUCUUAUAUAUAAGAUUACUCUAAUAACAUCAAUGCAAGAGAUGUCAGCGAGCAGUGUGUUGUGACUGUGGAAGAUUUAAAGCCAUUGUAUUUUUUUAAUAAUAAAACUAAGAUUGUUGAUUAUGAUCUAAAAACCUAGCAUAGAUGUUGUUAGAUUUGUAGAGAUGAAUAACUCAAUAUUUAAGAUAUAAUUGUUAAAGAAUAGUUAUCUUUUAAUAAGAAUUCCCUUAUCACUAAACAAUGGCUCAAACAUUGUCUUCAAAAUGUUCGAGAACAGGAUCUCACUGAAUAAUACUACACAAUAUUAGGCUAAAGCAAAAAAAACUUAUCAGCUGCUGCUACUGAAGAGUUGAAAUCUAUACCAGCUAUUAUAAAUUAAGUUCGCAGUUAAUAUAACUAUUCUAUGAAAGAAUUCGACUAUUAUUUGACUAAAGAUUUAAUGGAAAACAUGCCAGCAAUAUUUAUACAAUCUGUAUUACAAUGUUUGUUAUAUUCAUAUCCAAAUAUCCAUUGCACUCAGAACAUAGUUUAGAUGGUAUAUUUUCUAUUGUAUUUUCAUUCAUAACCCCUUGUUUUCUACUUCCUGAAUUUUUUCAGAGAGGAAAUUUCUUUAGGAAGAUUUCUCGAUAAAAAUGAAAAGAUGGAGGAUGCUGAAAUUGAUUUUCUUUAAGAAAUCGGAAAAACCAAUUAUUUAAUCGAACCAACUGAUUUGCUUUAUUAUAGAAAAUAUUUGGAGAAACAUGCAGAAAAAAUGCUAUCCAAUGUUUUCUUCAAUUUUGUCAAUGUGUAAUGUUUAAUUUUUAUUUAUGAUCAUGUUUUGAAAUUUAGAGAUUACUUCGAAUUAGAGAAAAUUGUUGCUCUCCUCGGAUCAUAAUAUUUAAAUGAUUUCAAACAAAAGGGGUUAGACGACGAGUACUUCACUAAUUAGAUCAUCAAGAAUACCAAGCAGUCGGUUUUAAAAGAAUAUUUAAGCAAAGAGGAUAGAAUCAGAUUAAAUGACAAGAGGUAAACUUAUUCAAAGAGUGAAGAUAUAUUUCUUUCGUAGUUUCAAUAAAGAAUGGAUCACCAAAAUGAAACUAAAUAGAUUCUCUACUUAUUAGAUGAUUGCAUAUUAAAAAGAUAACCUCUAAACAAUCAUCAUAAAUAACUCAUAUCACAAUUGAAUCAAAAAUAACAAUAAAUAAUAACAGAUUUACUAAAACUCAACCAAAGUAAACCCAAAGAACAAGAUGAGAGUUAGUUAUAUCACAAAAUUGAAACUCAUUCUAAUUCUUCGACUCAAAUUAAAUUUGAUAAAAGUGAAUUAGUAGAUCAAAACAAAGCUUUGAUGGAGGAUUUCAUCUGA